AUGAGUGGAAGGCCAUUGGUUCGAAAAUCAGAUAUUGGAGCUCCUCCAGCAAGGCUUUCAGGUGGCGCACCUCCUAGCCUCUCAGCAGCUCUUGCUAGAAGAGGAAUGAGAGGUGGUUUUAAAGGAGGAAUUGUCGGGAAAAAUUGCGGUACUAUGAAUCGUAAAAGGCGAGCUGGUGACAUUUUGGAAGAAUCUGAUUCAGAAUCGUCAUCUGCCGCUGAGGAGAAUGAUAAUAAUGAAAGUGAAGAAGAAAUAAAAAAGGAAAAAGAGGAAAUUGUUGAAGGAAAAAUGAGAAAACCCCGCAAAAAGCGGCGUUUUAGGUUCACUGAUUCAGUAGCAAAAGCCAAACGAAAAGCCGAAAGAAGAGCGCAGCUUGAAGCGGAACGGAAAGAAAAUGAUGAGUUAGAAAAGCAGCAAGAAGGCAAGAAGGAAGAAGAAGACAAGAAUAAAUCGCCAACUCCUCCACCUUUACCUAAAGCUCCGAUGAUUCGUAGUUACUCACCUAUGCAGUUGUUGUGUGAUAAUUUACUUCGAAAAUUGCAAGCGAAAGAUCCUGAAGAAUAUUUCGCAUUCCCUGUCACACCGUCAAUUGCUCCUGAUUACCAUGAAAUUAUCAAAGAGCCAAUGGAUUUCUCGACAAUUCGUAUGAAAAUCGAAGCAAAUGAAUAUCAGGAUUUAGCUAGUUUACAUAAUGAUGCAAAACUUAUUGUGAAAAAUGCGUUAAGCUAUAAUGAACGUAAUACAAUAUAUCAUAUUGCUGCACAAAAAUUGGAAACCAUUGUAAAUUUUUAUUUUUCGGAGCAAAAUCUACGAUAUUUAUAUCAUACUUUACCAUUUUGCAAGGACAUUCCACUGGAAAAAGUAGGUUUAACUCCAAAAGUACGUCCUCCUAUAUUACCAAAGGUACAGCGUAAUUUUGUAAUAGAUAAUAUGACGACAUCUUCGAUAUUGGACUCAACAGAUCCAUCUAUUAGACGAAAGUUGGCUACAAGAGUGCCAGAUCUAAGUGUUCUUCCUAAUUGUGAAUCAGGAAGAGAACCUAAAGCUCAUUUGGCAUUUUUGGAUAAUAAAGAUGGCGCCGUAUGUUUAAAUAUUGUAAAUUCAGUAACUUCUGAGAGAACUUCUGUGACCCUAGGCGAUCUCAUUGGGAAAUUGGAUGAAGGAACUCCUGGAUUGUGCACCCCUGCUGAUCAUAAAAUACCUCCUCAGAUGCCUAUUUCAUUUUUGUCAUAUGGACCGUUCAGUUCAUUUGCUCCACAGUUCGAUUCUACUUGGGCAAACUUAUGUGAAAGAGAUUCUCGAUUACUUCUGUCUACUUAUGCUGAUAAGGAAAAUGCUGCCAAUGCAAUUUCUUUGCGACAUAUGGUGGAAGAUGCUGGUGAACAUAUGAUAAAAAUUGUUGAUGAUUUGCUUGACACACUCACCGAUGGUGAACAUAGUAAAACAAUUUCUGCACUGGAGAAAAAGGAGCAAAUGAAGAUGCCCGAUCUUGAUGAUGAUGUUAAUAUGGAUAAACUUCUUGAUAGUAUCGAAAGUUUAGAGAACCUUGGUAUAGAUGUUUCAUUUGUUCCAGAGGUUCGAAAAAUUUAUGGAUCAAAAGCUGUUUCCAAAACUUCUCAAGUAUGUAUAUCAAAAAAAAGAAUUGAACCAUUAGGAGAAAUGAAUUUCAGUUUAAAAUUUAGUUUAGUUUAG